CUUUGACGAGGCUUUCUUGAAUUAUGCUUUCAGUUGGUGGCCAUGAAGCUGUCACUGCCGGAAACAAAGUACAUUGUGCCGCCUCUCUUCUUGAAAGCGAGUUGAACGUUGAAGAACUUGGACUGACGUAAUUGCAUUCCUGCUCCUCGACAUCUCCCCAUGCCACCGCAGCUGCCCCGCACCCGAACCACGCCAACCGGACCCUGGCAACAAUGAAAGGAUGACGAGGACGGCGAGCUAGGGCCAUCGAUCGAAUAUAAGCCGGUGAUAUCCUUUGGCAAACUUCCCUCUGGGUUCAUUUUCAACCUGAACACCUCGUGGGGCGACACAAGAUUGGUUCAUCCGGUCAUACGUUGGUUGCUCUCCUCAGUUGGGUUCUAUCCGAGUCUUCCCUGGCUGAGAGCUCGCGUAUAAAACCACAAGGACAUAGCCCAUAAGGCGGACCAUGUCGGCGUGCAGAGCACUCCGGGCCAGCAAGGCUCUCGUGCGCUACUCUGCCGCUCGACUGACCAGACCGGUUGCGGUGCCCCUCGAAGCUCGCCGGCGGUUUGCGGUCUCUGCUCCUACCAUGUCGUCCUUCUAUCCCGACUGGGAGCCCGAUGGCCCUACGGUCAAGACCGAGAUCCCCGGCCCCCAGGCCAAGGCUGCCAUUGUCGAGCUCAACGAGGUGUUUGACACGCGCAGCUUGAACAUGCUUACCGACUACUCCAAGAGCACUGGCAAUUAUAUUGCCGAUCCGGAUGGCAACGUGCUGCUUGAUGUCUACGCCCAGAUCGCCUCCAUCCCGCUCGGCUACAACAACCCGGUUCUGCGUAAGGCCGCCCGGACCGACGCCAUGAUCAACGGUCUCAUCAACCGUCCCGCCCUGGGCAAUUUCCCUCCGGCCGAGUGGGCCGAGAUCCUCAGAACUGGAAUCCUCAAGGUUGCACCCAGCGGGCUCAACCAAGUCUUCACCGCCAUGGCGGGCUCCGAUGCCAACGAAACGGCCUACAAGGCCGCCUUCAUGUACCGACGGCAGCGCGACCGUGGCGGGCCCAACGUGGAGUUCACCGAGGAAGAGAUGAACAGCGCCAUGGUCAACCAAAGCCCCGGCGCCUCCAACCAGCUCUCCAUCCUCAGCUUCAAGACGGCCUUCCACGGCCGCCUCUUCGGCUCGCUCUCCACCACGCGCUCCAAACCCAUCCACAAGCUCGACAUACCCGCCUUCGACUGGCCGCAGGCCACCUUCCCCCAGCUCAAAUACCCGCUCGACGCCCACGCCGCCGAAAACGCCGAGAUUGAGCGCACCGCCCUCGACGAAGUCGAGCGCCUCAUCACCACCUACCACCUGCCGCCCUGCGCCGUCGUCGUCGAGCCGAUCCAGUCCGAAGGCGGCGACAACCACGCCACGCCGGCCUUCUUCCGCGGCCUGCGCGAGGUCACGCGCAAGCACGGCGUCCUGCUCAUCGUCGACGAGGUGCAGACGGGCGUCGGCGCCACGGGCCGCUUCUGGGCGCACGAGCACUGGGACCUGCACGACCCGCCCGACAUGGUCACCUUCAGCAAAAAGGCGCAGACAGCGGGGUACUACUUUGGGAACCCGGAGCUGAGGCCCAAUAAGCCGUACCGGCAGUUCAACACGUGGAUGGGCGACCCGGCGCGAGCCCUGUUGUUCCGCGCCAUCAUUGACGAGGUGGAGAGGCUGGAUUUGGUGAGGCACACGGCGCGGGUCGGCGAGUACCUGUACGAAAAGCUCGAGCGGCUCGCGGACAAGUACCCCGGGGAGUUCAGGAACCUGCGCGGCAAGGGCAUGGGCACCUUCAUCGCGUUUGACAAUCCGCGCCGGGACGAGUUUCUGGCCAAGGCCAAGACGUUUGGGGUCAAUAUUGGUGGGAGCGGGCAGAGUGCCGUGCGGCUGAGGCCGAUGCUCAUCUUUGAGGAGAAGCAUGCGGAUAUUUUGAUCGAUGUGUUGGAGCGGAUUGUUACGUCGUGGUGAUGUCUCCUGGGCUGAAAUUGGGGUGGUUGAUAGCAGGGGAUUGGAGGAACAUCGGGAGCUGGGGUUGGUGAUUUUUUUCAAGUGCUGAGGGGUGGGCGGCUUAGAGAGUGUUAGGUUUGCUAGGCUGGCAUAUGGGGUACUAUGCGCGUGGCAUGUAAGCAGUGAUAGUUGUGCUGGGGUUUCAACCAGCUCUUGCUGUUUCUGUAGCGGUCGUGAGAGUUUCGGCUGUAGGUAGUGAUGAUGUCUCUACCUCGGACAAAUCCAGGUUCUAAGUUGGCGUCUAUUUCAGCCAAAGCUCCC